AUGGCUCAAGAGCAACUUUUUAGACGGCCCUUCUACGCCAAAGAUGGCAAGACGAGACUGCCGCAGUACGUCGCCCAUCGCGGCUUCAACAGGAUAUACCCGGAGAACACCAAGAGUGCCUUUACCGCUGCCAUUGAUGUCGGCUGCCAUGGCAUCGAGACGGACGUGCAAAUAACCAAAGACGGGGUGGUUGUUAUUUCGCAUGACUCAUCUCUCAACCGCUGCUUUGGCAUCGACAAGCUCAUCAAAGAUUGCGACUGGGAAUAUCUGAGCACCCUGUGGACGACACGCGAGCCUCGAGAGAGAAUGCUUCGAUUGAGCGACUUGCUCGAUUUCCUGAAUGCUCCGAGCAAUGCCCAUGUCUGGGUUUUGCUUGAUAUCAAGAGAAAUAAUGAUGUCAAAGUCAUCAUAAAGAAAAUCGCAGAGGUGGUCAAGUCGGGUCCGUAUGCGUCACAGCCGUGGUAUUCACGCAUUGUGCUUGGAUGCUGGACACCCGCCUACUUCCCCAGCUGCAAGGAACAUCUGCCCGACUUCCAAGCCGCAUUGAUAGGCUACAAUGUAGUCGGAGCACGAAAUGUCCUGCACACCGUGCCCAGCAUCUCCUUCAACACGCACUUCAAAUCCGUCAAGGGCCCGCUAGGAUACGGCUUUGUUGAUGCCGUUCACGGCAACAAGAAUAGCGAAGACGGCAAACGCAAACUCAUAUUCACAUGGACAGUCAACGCAGCCCGAGACAUGCGCUGGGCAAUCCGCAACAACUUUGACGCCAUUCUCACCGACGACCCGGCGCUCUGCAAGCAGAUAUGCGACUCGUGGGAUGAUGCGUACGCACAACGACAUGAGGCGGACGAUAAUAGAGUGACUCUCGGCGAGCGUUUACAUUUGGCCUUGUGGGGGUUUUGGUUCACAUUUUUCAGCUGGGUUUUUCCUAUCGUGUACCCUUAUUUGCAGCGGUUUAUGCAGGAGAAGCCGACUGUGAGAACUGAGAUAAAUGGUAGUACUUCGAGGACUUGA